CGGAUUACAAGAUGGCGGCGUGUGGACGUUAGCUCGGAGGCCGUUCAGGAGUUGUUUUUACACUUUUACUCUUCGGCCGUUCGGUGUAAUCCAUUCACACCUCCGAUUGGAAUAUGCCCCCAAAGUAGCUGCCGAUACAUUUUAGAACUCGUCCCGGACGCGCAUGUUUUGUAACAUGCGGGAGAAAACAAAGUUAACAGGUCGAGGAAAACACUAGACGGUGAGAGCCUGUUAGCAGCCCGCUCGCCUGCUAGCUCCCACUCCGUUCACCAUGUCGGACACUCGGCGGCGGGUAAAAGUGUACACGCUGAAUGAGGACCGGCAGUGGGACGAUCGGGGUACCGGACACGUCUCGUCCACAUUUGUUGAACGGCUAAAGGGAAUCUCGUUACUAGUCCGGGCCGAGUCGGACGGAUCUUUAUUGCUGGAAUCGAAAAUAAGCGCAAAUACCGCAUAUCAGAAACAGCAGGACACGCUGAUUGUAUGGUCAGAGGCAGAUAACUAUGACCUUGCCCUCAGCUUCCAGGAAAAGGCGGGCUGUGAUGAGAUCUGGGAGAAGAUUUGUCAGGUUCAAGGAAAGGACCCUGCUCUGGACGUCACCCAGGACCCCAUCGAUGAGUCGGAAGAGGAGCGCUUCGAGGAGAUCCCAGAGACGAGCCACCUGGUCGAGCUCCCUCCUUGUGAACUAAGUCGACUGGAGGAAAUCGCAGACCUGGUCACAUCUGUCCUGUCGUCGCCCAUCCGGAGAGAAAAACUGGCCCUGGCUCUGAUGAGUGAGGGCUACAUCAAGAAACUACUGGGUCUGUUCAGAGUAUGCGAGGACCUGGACAACAGGGAAGGCCUCCAUCACCUCUAUGAGAUUGUCCGAGGAGUCUUGUUCCUUAAUAAAGCGGCCCUGUUCGAGGUCAUGUUCUCUGACGACUGUAUCAUGGAUGUGGUGGGCUGCCUCGAGUACGACCCGGCUCUCGUUCAGCCUAAACGACACAGAGAGUUUCUGACCAAGACUGCCAAGUUUAAGGAGGUGAUUCCCAUCACGGACUCUGAGCUGCGGCAGAAAAUCCAUCAGACGUACCGAGUUCAGUACAUCCAAGACAUCAUCCUGCCCACGCCAUCAGUCUUUGAAGAAAACUUUCUGUCCACACUCACCUCGUUCAUCUUUUUCAAUAAGGUGGAGAUUGUCAGUAUGUUACAGGAGGACGAGAAGUUCCUCACGGAGGUCUUUGCACAGCUCACAGACGACGCCACAGAGGACAGUAAAAGGAGAGAGCUCGUGAACUUUGUCAAAGAAUUCUGUGCUUUUUCACAAACGCUGCAGCCUCAAAACAGGGACGCUUUUUUCAAAACUCUGGCCAAUCUCGGGAUUUUACCAGCUCUGGAAAUAGUCAUGGGGAUGGAUGACUUGCAGGUGAGAGCUGCAGCGACCGACAUCUUCUCCUACCUGGUGGAAUUCAGCCCCUCCAUGGUCAGGGAGUUUGUCAUGCAGGAGCCACAGCAGACGGACGACGAUGUUUUGCUGAUAAAUGUGGUGAUAAAGCAGAUGAUCUGUGACUCCGACCCGGAGUUGGGAGGAGCCGUCCAGCUGAUGGGUCUUCUCAGGACACUCAUCGACCCUGAGAACAUGCUGGCUUCCUCCAACAAAACAGAGAAAACUGAGUUUCUGAGUUUCUUCUACAAGUAUUGCAUGCACGUCCUGACUGCUCCUCUGCUGGCCAACACUGCACACGACAAGAGCUCAAAAGGUACGCUGGACAAGUUCAACCGCAGCAUUUCAGCCUGUGUGGCGACAGAAGCUUCACUGUUCAAUUUUUCUUUUUUCUUUUUUUUUUUUUUUAAUUCAGAACUGCAGGAGGGUUCUACCAAGAUCAACCCAGUCUGUCCAGAUAACUUCCAGACAGCUCAGCUGCUGGCUCUGAUCCUGGAGCUCCUGACCUUCUGUGUGGAGCAUCACACAUAUCACAUCAAGACCUACAUCAUGAACAAGGACCUGCUCAGGAGAGUGCUGGUGCUCAUGAACUCCAAGCACACCUUUCUUGCUCUUUGCGCCCUGCGCUUCAUGCGCAGAAUCAUCGGUCUGAAAGAUGAAUAUUACAACCGCUACAUCAUCAAAGGGAACCUGUUUGAGCCCGUCAUUAAUGCCCUGCUGGACAACGGCACCCGAUACAACCUCCUCAACUCAGCCAUCAUCGAGCUCUUUGAGUUCAUUAAAGUGGAGGACAUCAAAUCUCUCAUAGCUCACAUUGUGGACAACUUCUACAAAGCUCUGGAAUCGAUCGAGUACGUCCAGACGUUCAAGGGUCUGAAGGGGCGGUACGAGCAGGAGAAGGACCGGCAGAGUCAGAGACUCAACAGGUAUCGCAGAGACGCGCGGUCGUUGGACGAAGACGAAGAGUUGUGGUUCAACGACGACGAUGAUGACGACGACGGCGAGGCGGUGGAGAAGAGGAUGGAGGACGAUUUUCCCGACAGCUACGGCAAGUACAUGGAAGCCAAAAAAGGAGCCGCCAACGGAGCAAACGGUGCCAACAACAACGGGAAAGCUGCUGCGAUCCCCCCCGCCUCUCCCGCCGUCACUCCAAACAACAGCUCGGCUUCCUCCGUCAAAACGGUCGCGCUGCCUGCCACACCCGUCGUCAAGACUGCCCUCGUGGGUUUGGUGGACUACCCCGACGACGAGGACGAAGAGGAGGAGGACGAAGAGGAGGAGCAGUCUCCCAGGAAGCGACCUCGCCUGAGCUCUUAAGCAAUGGGGUGUUCCUCUGUUCGGCCGUGGACGGACGGACCGCGAGUCGCUCCAUCCACCCUCUCCUCUGGUCGUCUCUCUGGUCCUUGGCCUGCCGGCGCCGCCCGUCAGUCUCACGGAGGAGACGAGACAAGAUGAGCUCCCACCUCACUGCGCCUCUCCUGAUCUCUUUCCUCCUCUCCUUUGAAGGAGAGCGAGACUCUCUCUUUCUGGAAAGAUAAAUCCAUCUCCUCUUGUCUUUCGAUCUCACCUCUUUGUUUCCUCUCUGAAGAUAACCUCCUCCGUCGUCACUUUCUCCUCCUCAUUCUCCUCCUUCUCCAUCCUCGAGAGGCGGUGGAGGAAGCCACAGUGCCGGGGCAGCUCCACCUCUUUGAUUUAUUUGCUGUCGCAGCAGUAGCGAGGAAGCUGUUCUCACCGGUCCCCAUCUGAACUCUGACCUUCUUCUCCAAGAGCUCCGGAGGACGUCCGAACACAACCAGCCAGUGUACAGACUGUUCAGCGGGCCAGUCAGGCUAGCAGGACUAGCCGUCAGUUUCUAGAAAGCUUGACUGGCUGAAGUCGCGCGCACGCCGGCCUGCCACAGCACGACCUGCUGGACCGAAGGAUCUUUAAAAAAAAAACAAAACAAAAAAACAAAAUGAAAUGUUGAGAUGAGACGGAGAGAACGAUGCUUCGAUCCACAGGAGCGGGACUCAAACCUUCAAAAGCCAUGGCGUCAGUUCAGUCAAGGCACACACACAAACCACGCUGUCUCACACACAGGACUGUGUUAGCCAGGAGUCCUGCGUUUCAUGAAUUUGUUAAAAAAAACAAAAAAAAACAAAGUACUGUACAGAUGUUUGUUUUUCUUUUCAAUCAUUUGCCCUGAUAUGAUUUUUUUUUAAGUGGAGAGAGAUACCAACCUGCCUGUGUAGUUUUUCUUUUUUUUUGUUGUUGCACAAAAAGGUGGGGUCACUGUUCACCCUUUCAGUCCAAUUUCAUUGAUUUCUGUGUAAAAAAAAAAAAUGCAGAAAAGUCACAAAAUGCUGGUUUUAAGAAAAAAAAAUAACAUUAAAACUGUUGUAAUGUUAUUUUUGGCACCAAAAU